GCUCUAUCUUUCCUUUUAUUCACCCACCUCCCCCUUCCCUCAACACUGUCCAGCCUGAAGGAAUCAGAAUGAACAAGACUGUGGCCGUUAAGACACUGGAUCCACAACACCUGGGCCAGAACGGUGUGCAGCGAGUGGAGGUCAAGGCUGCAGACCUCAGUGACCAAGUCCCUGACACAGAGUCAGAAACCAGGAUCCUCCUGCAGGGGACCCCAGUGGCCCAGAUGGCAGAGGAGGCCAUUGAUGGGCAGCAGCUGGGGCACCUCAUUGUGACCCCCUCGGGCUGUGGAGAGCAGAACAUGAUCUACAUGACGCCCACUGUCAUCGCGGUGCACUACCUGGACCACUCUGAGCAGUGGGACAAGUUUGGCAUUGACAAGCGGCAGGAAGCCGUGGAUCUCAUCAAGAAGGGGUACACGCAGCAACUGAGCUACAGACAUCCCAACAAGGCCUUUGCGGCCUACCAGAGUCGGAAGUCCAGCACCUGGCUGACAGCCUACGUGGUCAAGGUCUUCUCUCUGGCCACCAACCUCAUCACCAUUGACUCCGAAGUCAUCUGUGGGGCUGUCAAGUGGCUGAUCCUGGAGAAGCAGAGGCGUGAUGGAGUCUUCCAGGAGGAUUCGCCCGUUAUACACCAAGAAAUGAUUGGUGGCUUGAAUGAUGCUGAGGAGAAAGAUGUGUCCCUCACAGCCUUCGUUCUCAUCGCACUGCAGGAGGCUAAAGAUAUUUGCGAGGGACAGAUCAAC